AUGAGCGAGAGCAUCGAGCUCUUCUUCCUCUUCCUCUUGCUGCUAGGAGACGAUAAUAGUGAUAACGGUGUUGAUGAUAAGGACAACCAUGAGUUGACCCCAGCUCCUGUCGCCCUUACUUGGCGAUGGAAGUGCCCAUGGACUCGUAGUAGUACUAAUGAGCAAUUUCAUGGCGUCAAUUUUCUCUUCCUUUUGCUAUCUGCUCAUUGA